AUGACAUCCCCGAAACAAUUAACAUUAGGAUACAACACCAAACAUCCAUUCUCCCUCAUUUCAAUCAAUGAUCGAACAUCUGUUCAAAAUCUCCUCAAAGCCCUCCUUGAUCCACUGGAACCCCAUUUCUCCCCGCAAAAAGCUUUAAUCCGUGUACCUGGUUCCACUGCUGUCCGUUUCGAUGCGCGUGCUGCUGAGAUUGAAGGAUUUUGUCGACCAUUAUGGGGAUUAAGUUCACUUCUAGCUGGGGGAGGAGUAUAUGAAGGGACGGAAUGGUGGAUUGAGGGAUUGAAAAAAGGUACUGAUCCUGAGAAUGAGGAAUAUUGGGGAGAGCCCAGAGAUAAUGAUCAAAGAAUGGUGGAGAUGUGUCCUUUGGGAUUUGCAUUGGCUGUUGCGCCGGUAUUCUGGGAGAGAUUGAGUGAGAAGGAGAGAGGGAAUGUGGAGACGUGGUUGGGAAAUUCAAUUAAUAGUAAGAACAUGCCGAAUACAAAUUGGUUGUGGUUUCGAGUCUUUGCAAAUCUAGGAUUGAAGAAGAAUGGAGGGAAAUUUUCUCAGGAGAAGAUCGAGCAAGAUAUUGUUCAUUUGAAUUCUUUCUUCCGAGGAGCAGGAUGGUCAAAUGAUGGACCUGAGGGGAUUUGGCAACAAGAUUAUUACAGUGGAAGCUUUGCUAUACAGUUCCUUCAACUAUUAUAUGCGAAGUUGGCAGGUGACGAGGAUCGGGAGAAGGCUGCAGAGUUCAAGAAACGAGCUCAAGAUUAUGCGUUAGACUUCAUUCAUUAUUUCGAUGAAGAAGGAAGAGCAACGCCAUUUGGAAGAAGUGUCGGAUACCGAUUCGCCAUGUCUUCAUUCUGGGGUGCUUUGGCAUAUGCUGAUGUUGAAUUGCCAGAACCAUUGACAUGGGGUAUUGUCAAGGGAUUGCUAUUGAGAAAUCUCAGAUGGUGGCAAACUCAAGAUCAAAUAUGGAGUCCUACUGGAACCUUGACUGUGGGAUAUUCUUUCCCAAACAUGUUCAUGUCGGAGAAUUAUAAUUCACCAGGAAGUCCAUAUUGGGCAUGUUUGGCAUUCAUUUGUUUGGCUGUUUCCCAGGAUCACCCAUUCUGGACGUCUGAGGAAGAACCGUACCCGACAAGCUUGCUCCCAGCCAUCAAGGCUUUGAAACAUCCUGGGCAUAUUAUCAGCUACCUCGGAGGUCACAAGAUGAUACUUUCGUCAGGUCAAGCAUGUUCAUAUCCUAUGAGAGGAACCCAUGCAAAAUACGGAUCUUUUGCGUAUAGUAGUGUAUAUGGCUAUUCUGUGCCUACAGGUUGCUUUUCCCUGGAACAGUUUGCAUUGGCUUCACAGCUUGGUCUGUCUGAUGAUAGAGGUGAAGUUUGGAAAACCCGCCGAAUUUGUGAGACAGCAGUCAUUGAGACACACGAUAAACAAUCGGUAUUAAAGUCUAUCUGGAAACCAUUCCCAGAUGUCACCAUCAAGACUUAUCUCAUACCUCCCGUCGACGAAACUCCAAACUGGCAUCUUCGGGUUCAUAAGAUAGAAGCUGGAAGGGAAAUAAUGACAGCAGAUGGCGCAUUCGCAAUUUAUAACGAACGAAAAUCAGAUAGUCGCUCCCUUGAUCUUUAUGACUCGGCCAAAAAUGAAGGUACACUUCCCAAGAUCAUUGGAAACUACGAUCUCAACACACCUGAAGGUAGUUCGCCAGGCUCAGUCGGUGCUUUCGCUGUUUCGAAAGGGGCGGUUGGAAUAGCUGCACUCGAAGGUGAUGGUGAAAGUAGUCGCACGGCGAUGCUCGUUAAUGCCGACCCAAAUUCUAACUUGGUUGAAAGUCGUACCGUGAUACCUACAUUACAGAUCACGUUGAAAAAGGGAACUGUGGCUUGGUUUGUGACUGGUAUAUAUGCUAAGCCCUCUGGGGAAGCAGAGAACUAUCUUGAUGGGUGGGAAAAUAAACCUGUCGUUCCCGGGUGGCUGAUGAAUGAGAUGAAAGAUUGA